AGCUUCACUCGGUCAUAGACGUUUAACGACGACGCAAGUGGGGGACACGGACGUCCUACUUCCUACUUGAAUUUUAGAUAUCAAAUUUAUUUAUUUUAAUUUAUAUACUUUUCUAUUUUACACAACUUGACAAUGCAAAACACUUGCCUGACGAUUUUCAUUUUCUGUGAGAAUUUUUAAAAACACCUGAAAAACGUUUGACGGAGAGAAGAUAUUAAGCUACUUAACAUUCCUGACUUUUAAGACAGUGACGCUGUGGGUGAAGGACUGACAUGAUCAUCCUGAGUUUAAUUUACAAUUCGGACAAAUACUGUGACCUAUGACAUGUGUGACUAGACCGGAACUUUGUGGUGUGUUACAUUGAUUGACCUCUUGACAAAAUUUCUGAAUUUAGGAAGGACAUAACCCAACCGACAAUUUAAACGGACCAAGUUUUACAUAUAUACGUGUACAUAAUAGAAAACAACUUGACAAAAAUUAGAGUUGACUAUGUACAUGUAGACCAAUUGUGAACUGACGUGACAAUUUGACAAAUAAAACUGGACAAGAAAAACUCACAGGCUUUAUGAACUCAUUUGCAUGCAGACUCUUAAAACAAUCAAGACAUAUAACACAUACAUACAUAACAAUGACGAUUGACUGUUUUACAAACUAAAUUAUCUAAAAUUUUACUCGACUGUUCGAAACAACUGUACGCAUACAAGAACUACAAUUACAGGACUCAGCAAAUACAACUCUGUGACAUGACUACUUACAAUGGACACAAGUUACUUGAGUAAAAUUUUGACCUGACAAGCUGACUAUAAGUUUUUAGUUUAAACUUGACUUGUUGACUCUUGAUUGAGACUUUCGCUGUGACAAACUGACGCAUUCACUUAUUUGAGACCUAAUUGAUCGACUUUUACAUGUACACCCUGACUCACUAAUUACAUUCUAAAAUCCUAACCGGACUUAUUGACUUUUAAACUUGUACAUUUGUGUUGUCAAUUACAAUGCAAAUAUGACUCGAGGACUGCUUUCCUUAGCGUGUUGGAUGGUUUUGAUAAUUUGGACAUCAAAAUUGUCGCUGGCAGAGGAAUUAUCUAGUCAAGCAGAAGCCCCAGAACAACUCACAAAUAACGAACUUCGAGAACUUCUGAAAAUAUUGGACGAGCCUGGCUCAAAAGAAGUCCCACAUUUUGAUUCGCACCCACUCCUUCAUUUGGGCGAAUUGUUACUAGAUGAUGAUGAUGAUUCUCCAAAAGAUGAGACGGUUACUAGUACGACGACGACGACGACAACCACCCCUCGACCAACGACUACGACCACGCCCCAACCUCCGAUGUCAACCCCCACAAUUCAAAUUAGUCGUCGGGACGACACGGAACCAUCUAAUGAACAACUCGUACAACAACUCUCCUUGUUCAAUUCCCUAUUGAUGAGCUUAUCGGCAGAGAAUGCGACAACGCCGGCUCCGGAUGGACCCCCGCCCCUCACAGCACAGCAAGUUGCCCUUCUUCAAUCCUUAUUUGGAAAUUUGACAACACCGCAAACUACUGAAACCUCGUUAUUUCUAAAACGUCAAACCGAGUCUCCCAAAACGCCUUCCCCUUCAUCACCUGAAAUUGCAGCACUGACCGAGCUUUUAACGCAAAUUGCAAAAGCACCUGCGGAUGCAAAUGGAAAUCUCAAUCUUCAAUCCAUCGUAGGAGGAGGAGUAGGGAAUAAUGAGCAUUUAAAGAAUUUUCAUAACAGCAAUGCCAACAUGGACCCUGCCGCAAGUAAUCAGUUAUCAGGCCUUCUGACCCUGCUUGGAACAUUGGGUUCGCUCUCACAAACUCAGCAGCAGCUCCAGUCAACUGGUUCACUUUUCAAUUUUGGGGCCCCAACGGUCGCAUCGCCAAUUUCCAACAAUUUUUUGGCAGGACUACUUCAGCCCCAAGCACAACCUUCGCAGCAAAAUCCCAAUGUUUUUGGAAAUUUGUUCAACCAGCAUCAACCACAAGCUCAUGAACAGCAACCAUUUAAUUUUGGAGGACUGGGUUCCGUCAUCUCAACAAUGUCCAAUAUUCUCGGGGGCAGUGGGGCUGGUGGGAAGCCACGCGUGCGUGGUAAGGGCGUGGACACUCGACUCGGUCUAGGAUAUCGAUUUGGAGAUGCUGCAGACGCUCAAAUAAUGUGGGAUAUUGGACCCCAAUUGUUUACCGACCCUUUGCAAAAUGAAGCACCCCGUUAUCCGAUGACAAAGCAGAAGCGACAAGACUCUGCACCUCAUCCCCCGACCCCACCCGGGCAGCAAAUCCAGGCCGCAGCCAAAGUAGAAAAGGAGCAACAACAAUUAGCCGCAUCUCGACGAUAUUUCCAACUCCACCAACAAGGCCAAUACCAUAAUCCUACCCGCAGAAAUUUCUUUAUCAACCCACCAACAACGACGCGAAAACCGUAUAACCACGUCUCAAAUCUCACCCCAUACGCCCAAGAGCAAGCGUUGAAAGAAUUGUGGCAAUUGAUGGAAAUGAAGAAGCAACUGGACAGGACGAAGCAGACAUCUUCCUACUCUCAAAAUGCUCUUGGUAUGCUCACCCCCGCAGAUUUGUAUCAAAUGCAGAGAAACAAGCACAUCAUUAAAAGGGCAUCUACUCCCCAGUCCAAUUUAAAUAAGGACCCCACACUUCCAACCGUCUUUAAACGAGAGGCUGAACCCCAUACUGCAGAAUCUUUCCUUCGAUUUCGCAAAAUAGCGCCUAAUACGCACUCUUCAUUUUCAAAAAAGUCGACAGGAGGACUUCACAGAAACCACCCACCAUCUCCGCAACCUUUACAAACUUCGCCAUCAUCGGGAGGAAUAUUCAACCUCAACAACAUUUUUGGAAUGUUCAUGAGUCCACCUUCGAAACAAAAACUUAGACCACCAAACAGGAAUAAUUUUAACAACAGUCGUCCUCCACCACAGGAAUCGUCGUCAUUGUCGGGAGGAGGGAUGUCAGGCUCACCGUCACAGAUGAGUCGUUGGGACAUGGAGGAUCACCGGUUUGACAAUUUUAAAAACACCAAUGGCGAAUUGGUUAUGACAGAUACAAAUGCAAACGAUAGGUUUAAACUUCGCAAUAUAAACAGGAACGGGGGAUUUUUAGGUUCUUAGCCAAUUAGUCUCAAACCUGGCUUUGAAAAAAUGCAUUGGCAAAUGUUUACCAAACUGUAUACGUAGAUCUCACCGUUUUUUGACAACAAUAAGCUACGACUUUUUAUACUUUAAUUUAUGUGAACCAAGAGGGGUAUGCAACGUAACUUGAAUGCAAAUUUUUGACUGAUACAUAAUUGGUAUAUCGUCCCUAAUACAAGUUGGGGCGUUUAUAUAAAUGUUUAUUUAAAACAUAUAUUUUGUGCAGAGAAAUAAUAAAACCUACAUAUUUAUUUUUAACUAAGUAUCAAA